AUGAUGGGUCCAAGCAAACAGGAUGCCGUUGGCACUGUUACGAUCAUCAAGCAGGAGCCGGAACAUGGUGAAAUCAGCGACCGCCACCCAUCCUCAAUCAACGAAGACAUGGCACCGUCCUUGUCAGAUACAAUGCAAGAGUCCCAGUUCACCUCUGGAUACUUGCCCUCACCUACACAGACAACUGCAGCAAGCUUGAAAACUGGCAUGAAAAGAGACUAUGAUACAAUGAACGGCGAAACAGACCUUAAAAAGUGCGCUCAGCAGGACAGAAAGCACGAUCAGCUGACAGAAGCGCUACCAAUGACGGCUUUGACUCAUAAGAGUUUCCUUUCUGCGGAGAAAAUUGCCCAAGACAUCCCCGACAAUAUUCUACGCAUAAUUGAGCAGAGUGGAUUCAUCGACGAAGAUUUCGAGUUCCUGAAAGGACAGGCCGAUUGUGUCAAAAAAGUAUACACAUCCCGAGAGAUCAAGAUCGGUCUCAAAGGCGAUUCCGGCACGGGCAAGUCGAGUCUAAUCAAUUCGCUACUUGGAUAUGAGGGAAUUGCCCCAUUCGGCAAUGAAGGCGAAGCCUGUACGGCGGUUGUCCAAGAAUUCCGCAAGCCCCGUCCGUCACAGCAGACGCCUUUCGAAGCAGAGGUAACGUUUCUGUCCCCGCCAGCUCGAGAGGCUGCUUUGAAAGACUGGGUUGGAGAUUUCUGGGAUAGUCGUCAAGUGGGUGCGGAUGAGGAAGAUGGCGAUGACCUCGACGGCGAGGAUUUUGACGAUGAGGUCAAGAGUGGGGAAGGCUCUGCAACGGCUGUCGAAGCCAUCCAUUCCCUAUUCUCGGACCAUGACGAAUGCAAAGGCCUCGAGGAGACCAAGGCAUUCUUAUCCACCGCAAAGAGCCGCGAAGACUCUCGUCUAGUGGCCAAACUCAAAGCCUGGAUGGAAAGUUUUUUGAAGAAGCUUGGAGUGGAAAUGGGCACCUACAACAUUAGUGCUGCUACUCCGGACCUACUUCAAGAUGAGGUUGCUCCUUUUCUGGCGCAGGUGAAUGAUGGACGUCCUUCCCCGUGGCCACUAGUCAAAAUCGUCAGGACUUAUUUUGAUUGUCCGCUUCUCUCCCAUGACAUCGUCCUUGCAGAUCUCCCCGGAACUUCAGAUAUAAACAAGACUCGUGUUGAGGCCACUAACGUCUACAUGAGAGGAGUCGAACACACUGGAGUCGUUUCCAAGAUUGACCGUGCAGCAUCUGACUCCGUCACGAAUAAAUCCCUCAUUGAAGCUUACAAGCGCAAGAGGGGUCCUAAUGUCUUCAUGGUGGCCACUCACUCAGACUCGAUCAAUACCAACUCACCUGGCGUCAUUGAUAAGUGCAUCAAUAUGUCAGGUGCGAGUCCAAGUGAUGUGCAAGAGCUAUCUACCCUCAAAGACGAACUUGACACCAUCAGGCUGGACCUCAAGAGCCUUGAGUUAAAGGAAAAUCAAGCUAAGAACUCGAGAGAUUUUUCGCUCAUGGGUGAGCUCAGUAGCCGUUGCAAUGAUCUACGUGCCCAAAAAGUCACGAAGCUCCAUCAAAGCGCCGCGAUAUGCAUCAAAAUUCGCAACAACAAGGUUAGGAAGACCCUCAUUGACCGCCACUACAACAUGAUGAAGCAAGAAAUCCUUCCCGUGUUUUGUGUCUCCAAUUCGGAGUACAUGGUACACAUCGUAGGAUACGAUGAAGAGCAUCCCCCGAAGAUGAAUGUCGAAGCCACGGAGAUUCCCAAGCUUCGUGCCUACAUCUAUUCUUUGCCGGCCAAACGAAAGGUUUCAGCAUUCAAGCACCACGUGAAGUACGCGCUACCAUCAUUAGUCAACAGUCUUGCUAUGACUUGCUCUCAGAGCAAGUUGAAGAGGCGUGAUGAGCUCCAGAAGAUCUUGAUCAAUGCACAGAAGCCCAUCCGUGAUGAUAUCACUCAGAUCUUCAAGGAAUUUCUCGCAACUGAUGUGCUAGCUAAGCUGGCGAAGAUCAAGAAAAAGAAAGCAACGUACAUUGCUGCAGCUACAGCAAAACUGAGGACGUACUCUAAGUGGAAAUCCUCUACGCAAAAGUCCUUUUGCCAGCACAGAGGCAACUGGGAGACUCAAAAAGUGGGAUACCAUGAUUGGAAUUCCGAGAUGCUUGAGCCGAUGAUCAAUGACCUCAAAGAUGAUCUUCAUCCAUGGGAAGAUGUUGGCGAACCUCUUGCUUGCAAACUGUCGGACAAAGUCAUAGGAACGCUUCAAUCGCUUAUCGAGCAGAUGGGAGAAUCUGCUGGACCAUCUCGAAACGUGCUGAAGCCUUUCUUUGAUGAUCUGGAGCUUCAAGUCGAACCCUUUGACGACUUAUGCAAGACGGUGGCUCACGAGAUGGAGAGGGAGCUCUGUCUCAUUAGGGACCACACACUUUUGGCUGCAGAGGCAAAGGAUUGUUUCUUCAUUCAAAUCCUCGACAAGACUUACGUCGAAUGCGCUGCGAUGACCGGCCCGGGAGUGAGCCGGAAGCGCAUGGACGUAUUGGAGAACAAGAUCCGUGAGAAAGGACCAGCAAAUCCCUUCCAUAAGGUCCACGAGAAGGCCAAGAACGCGGCUUUAAAAGUUGUCGAUCACUCAAUUGAGCGUUUGGUGGUCGACGUCGUGGGACGCUUCGACAAUUUCCACCGCACAUUCAUGAGGGCUUUCAAGACGGAUGAAAGUGAUGCGCCUGAGGCGAAGGCCCUCCGACACGAGCUCCGGAGUCGACUCCCCAACUUUCAAUACAUGAUUGCCGAGUGUGGACGCCUCAUCCAGGAGAGCUGCGAAAGCGAGACCAAAAGCAACAUUUAG